CAUCCAUUGUUUAGUGUAAAUUUAAAAUGUUUUGUGUUUUUUUAAUAGAUUCUGAGGAAGAUCCUCUUCCAGAAGAUUUGAGGAAAAGUGGCAAGAAAAAGAAAGAUUUAUCCAAAUCAAAGUCCAAAAAAUCGUCUUACUUUGAUGAAUCAGAAGGUGAAGACGAUGAGGCCCCCCUGAAGAUUAAAAAGUUAUCCAAGUCAGCAGAAAAAUUAAGCCAUAAAGAGUUAAAACAAACAAAACCUGACAAGAAACUAAAGCCGGUUACACCUAAAAAGCAAACAGUUAGUGUUGAUGAUUUCUUUGGUUCUGCUCCAAUACACAGAUCCACAGGAAAACCAGCCAAGAGAAAACAGCCAUCAGAAAGUGACACACCAGAUAAGAAAGAAUCUUGUAGCUCAUCACUUUCGAAAGAGUCAUCACAAUUCUCCAAAGAAGAAGGCUGUCACCCCACAAAAGCAAGCAGCACAAUCAGAAGAUGUUAUCCCUCCUUCAUUGGAAAAAAAGAAAUCAAGUUACAGAAGUUUCAUGCAGAGAGAAGGACCUAAGGCACUGGGAACUAAAGAAAUACCAGAGGGACAAGAAAACUGCUUUGAAGGGAUGACAUUUGUUAUCACUGGGGUCUUAGAAUCAAUAGAAAGAGAACAAGCACAGGAUAUUAUUCAAAGAUAUGGUGGCAAAGUUACAAGUGCUGUCAGCAAAAAGACCUCUUACUUAAUAAUUGGGAGAGAUCCUGGAGCAUCAAAGACGUCCAAGGCAAAUUCCCUGGGAACCAAGACCAUUGAAGAAGAUGGMUUUUUUGACCUAAUUAGAAACACCCCUGGAAAGAAAAGCUCUUAUGAUCAAACACCAGAAAAACAUUCUGUUAAGAAGUCAAAAACAUCAAAGACUGAAUCACCAGCUCCAAAACCUUUCCCACUUAAGCCAUCCAUAGAUAUGUCACAGUCAAGCGUUACAGAUUCACAGAACUCUCAAACCUCUUCACAUUCWCAAGCAUCCCCUUCUACACAAACCCCKUCAGGUUCACCAUUGACUAAAGGGGAAAGUUUGAUGUGGGUUGAUAAAUACAAACCACAUGGCAUCAAACAAAUCAUUGGSCAGCAAGGUGAUAAAAGCAACAUGAGAAAACUAAUGAACUGGAUUAAAAACUGGGCUAAAAACAGGAARAAAACACAUCCAAAGACUUCCUUCUUUCAAAAGGAUCAAGAUGGUGCCGUUCAUAAAGCAGCACUGUUGUCUGGACCACCAGGGGUUGGUAAAACAACUACAGCUGUUUUGGUUUGUAAAGAACUUGGUUACAGCUUUGUAGAGAUGAAUGCCAGUGACUCAAGAAACAAGAAAUCUUUAGAUGAACAUGUGUCACAGUUGUUGUCUAAUAAAAGUAUGGAUGCUUUUGUAGGGGUUAGUGUUGAUGAUUUCUUUGGUUCUGCUCCAAUACACAGAUCCACAGGAAAACCAGCCAAGAGAAAACAGCCAUCAGAAAGUGACACACCAGAUAAGAAAGAAUCUUGUARCUCAUCACUUUCGAAAGAGUCAUCACAUGAAAGUUCUCAGCCAAACAAGAAGGAAUUAAUAUCACUCAUUAAAGGAAGUAAGAUCCCCAUUAUCUGCAUGUGUAAUGACAGAAACAGUCAGAAAAUUAGAAGUUUGGUGAACUACUGCUUUGAUCUCAGGUUCCAAAGGCCCCGUGUGGAACAGAUUAAGGGUGCAAUGAUGUCUAUUGCUUUUAAAGAAGGCAUCAAGAUUCCUCCACCAGCAAUGGAUCAGAUCAUUAUUGGAGCCAACCAAGAUAUUAGACAGGUACAAUUAAAACAUUUUAUGACAGUAUUGAUGCCGGCUCCUUGUAUCUCUGAAGUGUAUUGACUACACAUUUACCUC